GACGGGGAGCUGAGGGAGGCUCCUGCUAAUGCAGCUGCUUGAGAUACAGUGGUAACGGUGUGAAUGCAGGUGCUGGUGUGGGCGGCACUGAGGAGAGUGACUGAGCUCAGAUUUAACUUCUAAGUACAACAAAAAACAUGGAAGAGAAGAAGAAAGAGGAGAAACCGGAAGAGCAAAUUAAAGAGCCUGAAUCAGCUUUCCCAGAAGCCUUACUAGAAUUUCAAAUUAAGACAAAAGAAGCAGCAAUUGAUCGGGUUUUAUUUGAUCUGAAACAAGUGGAAAAAAAGAACGAAGACUAUCAUAAAAGAAAUGACCUUCUGAAGGAAGAACAGCAGGCACACAUCAGGCGCAUGCUAAGAAAAAUAAAAGAGGAGAAGAAAAAACAAGAUGAAAAGGAGGUUGUAACCAGAGAUGAUGUGGAAGACUUACUGAAAGCAAAAUGGAAGUAUGUUAAGGACAAAGAACAACUUCUGAAAGAUCUGCACUCCCAAAUUGAAGAAACUGCCCAAAAACUUUCAGUAAAGCAGAGUGAGAGAGAUUUUUGGUUGGAGUACAAAAAUGUAGGAAGUGAAACACAGGCCAACAAGAUUAUGAAUCUAGAAAAAGACAUUAAGGAAGUCAAAGAUAACCUUCAUAGAACUACAGAAUAUUACACAAACACUUUGAAAGCAGUGAAAGAAGAAAAUGACAGACUGCUUGAGAGGCACAUGGAGUUAAGUAAGGAACAGGCUCAUGAGAAUGCCCUAAGAUGCUUAGACAAAAACAGUCGCAGAGAAAUUGAAGAGAAUGAAUGGCUGAAAGAAGAGAUUAAGAUGUACCAAAAGGAAGUAAGUGAUUUGAAAGCCUCUAUCAACCUCCUGGAAGAAGAAAAUAUUGGUUUAGUGACAAAACUGGUCAAUAGCAGACUUCAGAAUCUGAAAGCACACAGGCAUUUGUUUCUUACCCAGACUGCUGGCUUGCAAGAUGAAUUUCCUAAGGAUGAAAUGAAAGAAGCAGAGUAUAGAAAACAUGCAGCAAAGACAGAUGGAGAUGAAAAUCUCAGAAGUGACACGGUCUCCUGUCAGAAAAAGAAAGCCUUUCCAAAGAUUCAGUCUAAAACAGAGAAUGAGAAGCCUCAAGACAGUGAUGAGGAGCUGUGGGAAAAGUCAUUCACUCCACCUGUUGAUAGUUUGUUGUACAAAGCUGAAGAAGAUUUCCAGGAAUACUUAAAACUGGGUCCUCUGGAGACAAAGCUAAUGUGUGUGGUUGGAAGAGCCAUGCCUAUUCAUGAAGAACCAGAAGAAAUGCCAAGCAGGAGCCACACAGAAGAUGGUGUUAUUGGUAAAUCAGAUGGGCACAUCACAGCCCAGAUGAUCAAGGCCUUAUCUAAAGAAAAGGUUGGUGAAAAAUAAACAAGCUGUGCUGUUAACGCAGAAAUGUAACAUUCUCAGUUCAUUAAAUAUUUGCUCUGUUCUUCAAGGAGUGUGUGGCACUGGGCUUUGUGGAAACUAUUUUUGAGUGCCUGAAUCAUGAUUUACACAUACAAGUUGAAUGAGAGGUAUGUCUGUGUGCAGACGGCUAAUUGAAAGGUUGCUUCCCUUACCACUGUGAGCACUCUCGUGCACUUUUUUUGGCUUCUCAGUCCACAUAUAGCUGCUCAGAUAGCUAAUAAAGGAUCAUAGUCAAUAUGUAGGUUUUGUGGUCCCCACUUGCAGUCUGUCAAAUGUGGAAUUCCCUCUUGAUCAGACACAGAAUGAGUAAAUACAGGCUGCCGUAAAACACAGAACUGUUACAUACUUUGCUAAAACAAUGUAAUUUAUCCAAGCACAACUCAACUAUUGCUAGAAAUUGAAUGUUUAAAUGCAUUUUAUCUGUCUCCAU